UUGAGCAGCUCCAACACCUUGGAUAAGCAAUUGUGACGAACUAAAGGAGAUUAUUCCCAAGAAGAGGAGUAGAACACCUCCUACAUUUAUCUUUCCACGGUAGAAUUCCUUCAACUUGGAAACUUGCCAGAACUUACAACUUUUACACCUGGAACACACACUUCAGAAUGGCCCAAGUUAAAGAAGUUGGGUGUAUAGGUGUGACAAACUACACAUAUUCACUUCACAAUAUAAGGUUGUUUUUCCAAAUUUGAAGGAUUUAGAACUGGAAGCAAUCAAUUCUCAAAUGAUAUGGGACAGUCAACUUCCGCCAAUGUCUGAUUGCUAUCACAAUUUGACACGCUUGAUCAUUCGUGACAUUGGAAAACUGAAAUAUCUAUUUCCAUCUUCUAUGGUUAAAAACUUUAAGCAGCUCCAACACCUUGAGAUAAGGUCUUGUAAGGAGUUGAAGGAGAUUGUUACCAAAGAAAGAGUAGAAGCAUCUCCUGCAUUUAUAUUUCCACGGGUAGAAUUCCUUCAACUUGGAAACUUGCCAGAACUAACUUCCUUUUACCCUGGAAUACACACUUCAAAAUGGCCCAAGUUAAAGAAGUUACAGGUGCAUAGUUGUGACAAACUACAAGUAUCCACUUCACAAUGCAAGGUUGUUUUCCCGAAUUUGGAGGCUUUAGAACUGGAAGCAAUCAAUUCCCAAAUGAUAAGGGACAGUCAACUUCCGCCAAUAUCUGAUUGCUAUCGAAAUUUGACACGCUUGAUCAUCAAGGUCAUUGGAAAACUGAAAUAUGUAUUUCCAUCUUCUAUGGUUAAAAACUUUGAGCAUUUGCAACACCUUGAGAUAAGGUAUUGUAUGGAGUUGAAGGAGAUUGUUGCCAAAGAAGGAGUAGAAGCACCUCCUACAGUUAUAUUUCCACGGAUAGAAUUCCUUCAACUUGCAAACUUGCCAGAACUAACAACUUUUUAUCCUGGAAUACAUACUUCGACAUGGCCUGUGUUAAAGAAGUUGGUGGUGUCUAAUUGUCACAAGCUACACAUAUGCACUUCAGAAUAUAAGGUUGUUUUUCCAAAUUUGGAACAUGUUAAUCUGCAAGCAAUCAAUUCUCAAAUGAUAUGGGACAGUCAACUUCCGCCAAUGUCUGAUUGCUAUCACAAUUUGACACGCUUGAUCAUUAGUGACAUUGGAAAACUGAAAUAUCUAUUUCCAUCUUCUAUGGUUAAAAGCUUUAAGCAGCUCCAACACAUUGAGAUAAGGUCUUGUCAGGAGUUGAAGGAGAUUGUUGCCAAAGAAGGAGCAGAAGCACUUCCCACAUUUAUCUUUCCACGGGUAGAAUUCCUUAAACUUGGAAACUUGCUAGAACUUACAACUUUUUACCCUGGAACACACACUUCAGAAUGGCCCAAGUUAAAGAAGUUGCAGGUGUAUAGUUGUGACAAACUACACAUAUUCACUUCACAAUAUAAGGCAAUCAAUUAA